AUGGGGGCUGCCUGCAUGAAGUCCCAAGGCGGCGCCACCCCACCUGCAGCAGGAGGAGUAUCUGCAGCUCAGAAGGUUGCAGAAGCAACAGCAGCAGCAGCAGAACACAGCAUGAAGGCUCACCAAGCAGCAGAGACUGCUGCAGCCUGUGCAAAGAGGGCAUCGGCAGAAGCUGCUGCGCUCACAGGGCGGGAUCCAGAGCAAGAGCAGCAGCAGCAGCAGCAGCAGCAGCAGCAGCAGGAGACAGAGAAGAAUGAAGAAACUAAAGAACAGCAAGGUACAGCAACACAAGAGCAGACACAGCAACAAACAACAGACGACCCCCAGACCUCCUCUGUCGUUCCCCUGAGUGAUGCUGAUGCGCAGCUGUUGGCUGCAGCUCAGCAGCAGGCAGCAGCAACAGCAGCAGCAGGUGUAAAUACACCUCAUGCGUAUUUAUUUUAUGCGUCUGAACUCAAUGAAGGCUCUCUUAUCAUUCAAUGGACUUCAACACAAAUGAAUGAAGAAGAAAUGCAUGCAAAGAAGCUCGUGCUUCUCGCUUCCUUUAUACCCCCUAAACACAAAACUGUCCCGAAAAGCAAACUCACACACAACGGCGGCAUUACGUAUCUGCUGCAGGAGAUGACUUACAAGUGGGAGAUAUGGAAUAAGGUGCAGCGCCAGGGGUACUAUCAGGGGUGGCUGAAGUUUAUAAAGGCAGCAGAUGAAAUGGAGGCCUCCAUAAAAAUACAUAAAUAUAGCGAGCCCGCGCCGCCAGCGAAGGUGUUCUUGCUGCACUCGGGGCCGAUUGAAAACAAAGUGCUGCCUGUGAUGGAAGAAGAAUCUUUCAGUGUUUCUGUGUUUGGCUUUGCUGCGGUGACCCCGCCACCAUCGCCAUACAAAGCGGGGGCGAACAUAAGCCCAAAGAGAUUCGGAGAAAUAGCAACAGCAGCAGGCGGCGGGUACGUUCAGCUUUCCCGCAGAGGCGGCAAUGCUGCUUUUGAUGAGGCAGAAGUAGUGAGAUGGCUGGCUGCGGAUGGAUUAGAAAUAAAAAAAGGAGAAGGAAUUACAUUGGAUUCUGCGGGGACAUACGAACGAAGAUCAGAGAAAAAGGGGGGAAAUGCAGCAGCCAGCGACCCCCAUGAAGCAAACUGA